AUCGACACGUGGCAUUCCAAGUGGUCGCAAGUGUUGUUUUGUGCAUGGCGUCAGUGUUCUCAAGUUUACCAAGGUUAUUAUUGAUUUCAUAUAAUUAUAUCCCUUAAAACUCUGUUUAAACGAUGGGUGAUAGCGACGACGAAUACGACCGAAAAAGGCGGGACAAAUUCCGUGGCGAACGUGGAGAAGCCAGUUAUAGGGGCACUGAACGUACUGUUAGACCUAGGGACGAUUGGCAAGAGAGGGAUGCUUGGACUAGAUCGCGAGCUAGAGAUUAUGGAAGAGGUGUAAGAGAUCGAGGGUAUUCUCCCAGUUUGGAACCACCGUCGAAAAGAUUGAGGCAUGAUUAUUAUGGUGAAGGGUAUUAUAAUCAUUACCCUUCUUAUCAUCAACCCCCACAUAGAGCUGGUAAUUUCUUCAGAGAGCCUCAAGCACCACCAAGUGACAGUCAACAGCCUCCAAUGAUGUCUUUCAAAGCAUUCUUGGCCACUCAAGAUGACAACAUAUCCGAUAGUGAAGCAAUCGAAAAGUAUAAUGAUUACAAGUUGGAAUUCCAAAGGCAACAACUCAACGAGUUCUUUGUAGCCCACAAAGAUGAUGAAUGGUUCCGCCUGAAAUACCAUCCAGAGGAUUCUGUUAAAAGAAAAGAAGAACAAAUGGCUGCUUUGAAGAAACGAGUAACCGUCUUCAUGGAUCUCCUAAAUUCCGAAAAAUUGUCAACCAUUUCAAUAGACUAUUCUCGUACAAAUGAUUUAUUGAAAGUUUUGGAUACAGUUGUGGUUAAAUUGGAAGGCGGUACAGAUGAAGAUUUAGCUAUUUUAGAACAAGAAUACAGUGAACUCGAAAAGAAGGAACAAAAACCGGAAGAAAUUCCAGAGAAGAAAGAAGAAGUUCAGCCAGGUAAAGAGGAUGGAGAAAUAGAAAGUGCUGAAAAUAACAAAGUUGAGCUUAUUGACGAUAACGACGGUGAAAUCAAAGAAAACGGUGACGAAAAAGAACAAGAAAAUAAAGACGAAGAAAAAAUGGAAGUUGUAGAGAGUGAACACGUGGAUGAAGAAAAAGGAAAAGUUGAUGAAGGCGAGAAAGAAUUUGUUGAAAAAGACGAAGAAGAAAACCCACCCGAAGAAACUCCUAAACCGGCUGAACCAGAACAGCAAGAGGAAAAGAAAGAGAAGAGGAGGAAACGAUCAUAUUCAGGAAGCAGUAGUUCAGAAAGUAGCAGUAGUUCCAGUGAUAGCGAAGAUGAAAAAGUAGAAAAACCCAAGGAAAAAUCCAUUGAAAAAGAAGAAGUAAUAAAAGAAAAGGAAGAAGAAGAAGAAGAGCCGAAAAUAGAAGUCGUUCCAGAUGAUCCAAAGCCCGAAAAGCCAAGAUCACUUCACAAAACAACUUCCAUAUUCUUACGAAAUCUUGCUCCAACUAUCACAAGACAAGAAGUUGAAGCAAUGUGUUCAAGAUAUGAUGGUUUUCUUAGAGUUGCUUUAGCAGAUCCACAACCAGACAGACGUUGGCUUAGAAGAGGGUGGGUUACGUUCAAACGCGACGCUAAUAUCAAAGAAAUCUGUUGGAAUCUCAAUAAUAUUCGCUUACGAGAUUGUGAAUUAGGCGCCAUCGUAAACAGGGAUUUAAGUCGCCGCAUUCGGCCGAUAAACGGAAUUACAGCCCAUAAACAAGUAGUUCGUUCUGAUAUCCGCAUUUCCGCUCGCGUUGCUCUUCAUUUAGAUAACAAAGUUGGUUUGUGGUUGGAUGACGAUGAAAAGAAAGAGAAAAACCAACCAAGUUUUGGAUUAGUUUCAAACAAUCCAGUAUUACACAAUAUCACAGAUUAUUUGAUUGAAGAAGCCAGCGCUGAGGAAGAGGAACUAUUGGGAUUAGAACCAUCUGCUGACAAUCAAGAUUCUACAAGCACUGUUGACCGAGAUGAUACUUUAAUUAGCGUUUUGGAUCGCAUCAUCAUGUACUUGAGAGUUGUACAUUCGGUUGAUUAUUAUAAUCAUUGCGAAUAUCCCAAUGAGGAUGAAAUGCCCAAUAGAUGUGGAAUUUUGCACGCACGUGGUCCACCUCCAACAGCUAAAACUGACAUAACACAAUUUAUUGGAUUACCAAUUGAAACAAAAAUGGCACCUUUUCUCCCAGAAAAACAAUGCAAAGAAGAUAAUAAGAACGACACAAAAUUAAUAAGUCUUUCCAUGAAAGAUGUUGAUACAGAAAUUGAUAAGUUUGUGCAAGCGAAUACAAGAGAAUUGGCGAAAGAUAAAUGGCUUUGUCCGCUUUCUGGUAAAAAAUUCAAAGGACCCGAUUACGUUCGUAAACACAUAUUCAAUAAACAUGCGGAGAAGAUUGACGAGGUGCGAAAAGAAGUGGAGUUUUUCAAUAAUUAUUUACAGGAUGCAAAACGACCGAUGUUAGCAGAACCGACUGCUCCAAAAAGAGAGGAGCAACCUGCUUAUAAUCACCCUUCUGGUUCUAGGAGUUAUGGUGGGGGUACAUACGGGUCUUAUGGACCGCCAAGGUAUUAUAAUCAAGGUUAUGCUAAUAGGCCAAGAGGAUAUUCAGCUAGAUCCAGGGGUGGAGGUGGUGGUGGCGGUGGUGGAGGUGAUUACAGACCAGUCAUCCACUACCGUGACUUGGACGCUCCUAGAGAACCAGAAGAAUUCAUUUAAAUUAUAUCUAGUUGGACAAAUUUGACGUCCUGUAAAGUUUCUUAUUUUUGUAGGUUUUAACGGUAUAGGUAGUAAUUACCAAGAUUCAAUUUUAUUCCAAAUAGGUUCACAAGUGCUCCUUGACGUAGUCACUGAUUUUGUAUUCUUCUAAAAGAGUAGUUAGAAAAGACUUGUGUUUCUGUCUUUUGUAUGUUGCAUAUACCUUAUAUAUAAAGUUUUGUUAUGAAAAGAAUUGUGUAACGAUAAAUUAGUUGAAUAAACUUUUUUUGUGGCUUA